GCCGCGCUGGUAGCCCAAGUAGAGAGCGCCAGGUGCCCCCUCAGCCCCUCCCAUUGACUCGGGAGCUUCUCCACCACCCGGAGCCAUGAGCCAGAGGCAGGUCUUACAAGUUUUCGAGCAGUAUCAAAAAGCCCGAACUCAGUUUGUUCAAACGGUUGCUGAACUUGCUACUAGGCCACAGAACAUCGAGACCCUCCAGAAUGCAGGUGUAAUGUCUUUGCUGAGGCCUCUUCUGUUGGAUGUGGUCCCAACUAUUCAACAGACUGCUGCUUUGGCUCUUGGGAGACUUGCCAAUUAUAACGAUGACCUGGCAGAGGCGGUUGUUAAGGGAGACAUUCUUCCACAGCUUGUAUAUUCACUGGCUGAACAGAAUCGUUUCUACAAGAAAGCAGCUGCAUUUGUGUUAAGAGCGGUUGGUAAACAUUCUCCUCAGCUAGCUCAAGCGAUAGUUGAUUGUGGAGCACUGGAUACACUUGUGAUUUGCUUAGAAGAUUUUGACCCUGGAGUAAAGGAAGCUGCAGCCUGGGCACUUGGGUAUAUUGCCAGACAUAAUGCAGAACUGUCACAAGCUGUGGUAGAUGCAGGAGCUGUUCCUCUUUUAGUACUCUGUAUCCAGGAGCCAGAAAUUGCUUUGAAAAGGAUUGCUGCCUCAGCCCUCAGUGAUAUUUCAAAGCAUUCUCCAGAGUUAGCUCAGACAGUAGUGGAUGCGGGGGCCAUUGCUCACUUAGCUCAGAUGAUCCUGAACCCUGAUGCUAAACUGAAGCGUCAGGUGCUUUCAGCUCUCAGCCAAAUAGCAAAACAUUCUGUGGAUCUUGCAGAAAUGGGGGUUGAAGCAGAAAUUUUCCCAGUUGUACUUACAUGCCUGAAGGACUCAGAUGAAUAUGUCAAGAAAAAUGCUGCAACUUUAAUUAGAGAGAUAGCAAAGCACACGCCUGAGCUUUCACAACUUAUAGUCAAUGCAGGAGGAGUUGCUGCUGUGAUUGAUUGUAUUGGCAACUGCAAAGGAAAUGUCAGGCUGCCUGGCAUCAUGAUGCUUGGCUACGUAGCAGCUCAUUCUGAGAACCUGGCAAUGGCAGUGAUCAUCUCCAAGGGGGUGCCACAGCUGUCUAUCUGCUUGUCAGAGGAACGAGAAGAUCAUAUUAAGGCAGCGGCUGCUUGGGCCUUGGGACAGAUUGGAAGACAUACUCCAGAGCAUGCACGUGCUGUUGCUGUAACAAAUGUGUUACCAGUGCUGCUUUCCCUGUAUAUGGAAACAGAAAGCUCAGAAGAUCUUCAAGUAAAAACUAAAAAGGCCCUAAAGAACAUCUUGCAGAAAUGCACAUAUCUGCCAGCACUUGAACCCUUGCUGCAUGAUGCGCCUCCCAAUAUUCUGAAACACAUAGUUGGGCAGUUCAGUAAGGUGCUGCCGCAUGAUAGCAAAGCACGACGUCUCUUUGUAACAAGUGGUGGACUUAAAAAAGUUCAAGAGAUAAAAGCAGAGCCGGGGUCACUUCUUCAAGAGUACAUCAACACUAUUAACAACUGUUACCCAGAGGAAAUAGUAAGGUAUUAUUCUCCUGGAUAUUCUGAUGCACUUCUGGAAAGGGUGGAAAAUUAUCAACCAGUUUUAUAAAUGCUUCGAUUUUUCUGUUAAAAUACUCUAUUUCUCAUCUGUGCUUUUAUGAUGAGCAGGAAAAUACAGUACAGUAUAGCCAGAAACUCUUGCUGAAUUCUGAAAUAUUUAUCUUUCUUCUAUUUUCUGAACUAUUAAUCACCAUUAUUAAUCCUUUGUCAGUUUGAAGAAAUAACCUUGAUUUUGUGUGUGUGUGCUGUAGUGUUUGUGUAAGCUCACAUUGAAAACAGGGAUUCUCAAAUGUCAGGAGUUCAUGUUUCUCAAAAGUCAGUCAUGCUGCAGGGCGCUGAGCACUGCCUGGAUGUACUUGGGAGCCCUCUUCAACUCCCACUGCACUCAAUGGAAGUUGAAGGAGUUCCGUGUCUCCAGCAAGUUAUAUUUUGUUCUGUAUAUAAUUAGUUUUUGAAGUUUUGCUCCUCCUUUUCUGAUUUUUCUGCCUGAUCCUACAAGUAGUUAUUACCUCAUGUUUCACUAAAACUCCAUGUGAGAGCAAGGAUUUGUGAUGGAGAAACUCUUUGUAGAAUCAGUCCUUAUUCUUUAUUUCCUCACGGAAAGCUAGUGGUUAUUUGACCUGGGCCCAGGCUUUGGCUUUCCUAGUAUUAUAACCAUUUCCCUGUUUGUACCUUUAUAUAUAGGUUAGAGCUCCCCAGGUCCGAGAGAAUCGUAACUCUUUUUUAUUAUGCAAUCAGUUUUCCUCUGAAACAUUUCCAACCCCUCCUUGAUGGAAAGCAAGAGACUGACUUAUUAGGUACGAUUUUGGUCUCUAGGGGCCGAAGUAGGUAUAAAAUAGACAAGCUGUCAGGGUCUGACAGUGAUAUGAGGACCAAAUCCUACCUUGGCUGGUGCAGUAUGGUGGACCAGGAAUCCUGGCCAGUGCAUCCUCUGCAGGAGUCCUGCUGCUCGAGGCAAGAUUUCUCAUGAUGGGAAGGAGCAGCACACUUCUCUGCCCCUCUGAUCAGGAACAGAGUGUGAGCACCCAAACUGAGCUUUCUGUAUGUGCAUAGGGGCCAGAUCCUGUAAGGUCCUGUCAGAUUCAGAGCACCUUCAACUCUGGUUGAAAGUACGCAGCCUCUGGCAGAAAGUACUCAACAGCUCACAUAAUGGGCCCUCAGAACAAUGCCUGCAAAGUACUGAGCAUCUUCAGUGACUUGAGGGCACUUUACUCCCAGUGACUUGAAUGGAACUUGAGGUUGCUCAGCAUUUGUCAGGAGACAAUUGGCACCCUGCAGAAUUGGGUCCAAACAAGUUGGGAGCCUAAAGAGAGUCCCUCAUCCGUAGAUCAUGCCCACACAGGUAUGUUGCAAAUAUUAGCUGUUGGCUUUCUUAGUGCUUGCUGGAGCACUAUGGAGAGAUUUUUCCCUUACGUGGUGUAAUAAGACUCUUAAAUUCCUCUUAUCCCUCUUGGGUACCAGUGCAGCACAGGACAGGAUGUAGCCCUGAGUAUUCACUAGCUUACCUGGCAUAGUCAUUUGUCAUUCCCUUUGAACUACUGACAAUUUUUCUCCCUCUAGUAUGUAGCAUUUUCUUUCAAAGAAUAAUAAAAAUUUUGUUUCUGCAAUGGAGUGUUCAGUGUGGGGAGAGACGUUUGAAAACCCCGCAUUAAAGAGAACACUUUUGACAUACAAUAAAAUGUGUCAAAUACAUUUUUUUAAGAAAGUAGAAAAAUUAAAGUUUAUAAAACAGGAAUAGUCUCCUCUAUUAACCGUGUAUAACAGGAGCAAUGCUUCAAUGUAGUUGGAAAUGAUUUAGAGUGGGUACCUUUGCCAAAUUCUAAAUUUCUAUUUUCUUUUAUUCUUGUCAGCAUCAUUUUCAGCACUUUACAAAAAUAUUGAUGGGUUAUCUUGACUAAAGGACUAAUUCUACAAAGGGCUGAGACCCUGCUGUGAGGUGUGAGUGCUAUCAGCUUCCACGUUUUUUAGAGGGAGUAGAGGGUGCACAGCACCUUGCAGUAUCUAGCCCUAAUUGAAGUGGAAGCUGAGAGGCUUCAUGAAUUCUGAUACUGAGAUAUUCAUAGACCAUACCAGGUGGGUUCCUUCCUUAGCAACCAAAAUAUCUGUCUUCCCUAACGGAAAGUAAACACCAUAUCGUACCCCGACCUCUAAAUCUUUUUCUAAUUUUCUCACAGUAGACCAGAUCAUCCAAAGGGAUGAACUCCACCUGUGUGGACAAAACAGUGUGAAAGGAGGGUGCUUGGUGCCUGGCAGAAGCUGGCCCAAUAUUGGGGAAUUAUUAUUUAAGACAAUUAUACAUUUUUUCUUAGGCAAAUAAAAUCAUUUGGCCUCUAACUGCUGUAGUAAUAAUCCAAGGAUCCUGCCAGAUCCUGCCACGCUGCUGCAGUCAGGGGAGUGGAGAUGCUGCAGAAUCUUGUGCUGGUUGCCUGCAGUUGAACAGGCUCCUUCACUGGGUUGCACCCCCUCCACCUGUGGCUGGAGGACUCCCCAUGGACACUGAUGCUGCACAGGGCAGGAUUUAGGUCUUAAACAGCACUAGGACUUAUUUGCAUUUUCAAAUUCACUAGCUCAAUGACUACUAUUUUUGUAGUGCUUCAAUAGCUAUGUUUUACAGCACUUCAGCCCUCUCUCUCUUGGCUUAAAUAAUACCUGUACCUAUGUUAA